UAUUGUAUGAUUCUUUUCGCUGCCUACCACGGUAUGUUCUCGCAUACAGUUUUUACAAUUAGAGAUAAGUAUUCCCGAAAUGUCCUUAAAAUCAUAGAGAAGUUAUUAUCCAUUAAAUGUUUCAUGUCUUCCUGUACUGUCAGGACAAAGUGGAGAUAAUUAUGGAUAACAACUUCUUUAUUUACUGUAAAGGCGACGUUCCGGUAUAGAUCCUUAUACCGUUGUCCAGACCCUUGUUUGACAACGGUAUGAGGAUCUAUACCGAAACGUCUCCUUUAUUCCGUCAUCCUCAACUUUGUCAUCCGUCAACUUCUAAGUAAUGCCUAUCAAACAAUGCAUUCACAGUCAAGGAAUCCCUAAAAUAUGGAGCAUUUAUAAAAAUCAAAAUAUUUAUUCUUACCUCAUAAAAAAAUGUAACAAUCGAAAUCACUUACUUCAUAUACAUAAAGUUCGUUUCGAUUGAUAUAACACUGAUGUAAUUAUAAAAGUGCAUAUGUCGUUUUGAAACAGGGGAGGAUUCCAAAGGAAUAUAUAUCACUCACAAAAUAUUAUUACUGUUAUCUGCUAGUCACAUCAAAGCACAUAACACUCUUUCAUUGUUAUUUGACCAAAGACAUUGUCUGACAAUAUAUUUCUUGCAUUCACAACAACGGAGGCAGUUCCAGCGAUUUCUAACCUGCUAGGUUACCUAGGGAAAAGCUGUCCUGUGAGCUGUUUGGAAGGAAAGUGCACAUUUCUUGACGAUGGAGGCAUUGACUGCACCUAUGGAUGUAACGAUGGCUACAUGGGGAAAAUGUGCAACAUCCAAUGUAUGCACAAUUGCUCGAAAUGUGAGCGAGAAUAUCGAGAUGACUGUAUCAAGUGUGAUCAGGGUUACUUUGGCAAACUAUGUGACAAAUGUCCAAAUGCAUGUGGCGAACAAGGAUGCUAUGAUAACGGUGUCUGCAAGAAGGACUGUUCAGCAAUUAAUGUCUGUGGUGAUAAAUGUUUACCAGGAUGUAAGAUAUGUAACGACACAUUAGGUAAAUGUCAGGAGUGUGCCAACAAUUUCAUGGGAGAGAACUGCGAGACCCCCUGUUCAGACAAUUGUCGCUCUAUCUGCUCAACACAGAACUGUCUGUCCCAAUGUGAUAGAGACACGGGUAGAUGUUUACAUGGAUGUAAGCCUGGUUCCUGGGGAGAGCGAUGUGCAGAUCUGUGUAGUCCGAGAUGUCUUGACCAAAACUGUAAUCAAAUAUCAGGACAGUGUGUUCAAUGCAUCAGAGGCUACCAUGGCUCUAAAUGUCAUUUGCCAUGUGUAAACUGCAAGGAAAGCGGUUGUCUUAAAACGACAGGCAUAUGCAAGAACUGUGAUGCUGGGUACUAUGGACUCACCUGUACUCAAACCUGUCUCAACUGCUCCUCUGACGUCUGUGAUCGGAUCAGUGGACUUUGUAGUAAUGUAUCCAUGACCAACAUAAUAGAUGACAGCAGCACAAUUAGCUCGGCUGUACCUCGAUAUUUACCUGCUAUAUCUUCUAUUACAUUGGUAAUAGCAGUCUUUGGUGCGGUCGCCUUCAUAGUGAUCAUCAUUCUUGUUUAUCGUCAGAAGCAUCUAGUGAGCAAUGUUAGGUCCUGUGAUGACCUGUGUCAUCUUAUGUGA